CCCCGCCCCGCCAGCGCGGCCCGGGCCUUCGGCUGUCCGGCUCCCGCUCUCCUUUCUGCCGGUAUCGCCGUCCUGCUUCUCGGAGGCGUCAUGAGGUCCCCGAUUGGGGGCCUGGCCUCGAGCGAUGGCGAGGAGGGCUCAGAUAGGACGCCCCUCCUGCAGAGCACCCCGCGGGUUGAAGCCGCUCCAGCGUGCUGCUCUGCUCGCUACAACUUAGCAGUUUUGGCUUUUUUUGGUUUCUUCGUUCUCUAUGCAUUACGUGUGAAUCUGAGUGUUGCGUUAGUGGAUAUGGUAGAUUCAAAUACAACUUCAGCAGAUAACAGAACUUCUAAGGAGUGUGCAGAGCAUUCUGCUCCCAUAAAAGUUCUUCACAAUCAAACGGGUAAAAGGUACCAGUGGGAUGCAGAAACUCAAGGAUGGAUUCUCGGUUCCUUUUUUUAUGGCUACAUCAUCACCCAGAUUCCUGGAGGAUAUAUUGCGAGCAAAGUUGGGGGGAAACUGCUGCUAGGAUUUGGGAUCCUUGGCACUGCUAUCUUCACCCUGUUCACUCCCAUUGCUGCAGAUUUUGGAGUUGGAGCCCUCAUUGUACUCAGGGCACUAGAAGGACUGGGAGAGCAUGUAAGAUUACCUUGAGCAGACUGGACUGUGUAAAUACCAACAAUAUAUUGCUAUGAAUUUCCUUUUUGAGGAAAUUUGGGAUGUGUGGAUGUGUAUGUUGUUUUGAUUCUUCUUCCCCACCCCAUAAUUAAUUCUGUAUCUUCUUAUUCCUUCCAGAAUGGGCUUCUAUCCGCACUGCCUUAUUUUGGCUGUUGGUUAUGUAUGAUCCUGUCUGGUCAAGCUGCUGACAAUUUAAGGGCAAAAUGGAAUUAUUCAACAAUAUGCGUCCGAAGAGUUUUUAGCCUGAUAGGAAUGAUUGGACCUGCGGUAUUCUUGGUAGCCGCUGGAUUUAUAGGUUGUGAUUAUUCAUUGGCUGUUGCAUUCUUAACCAUAUCAACAACACUGGGAGGCUUUUGCUCUUCUGGAUUUAGCAUCAACCAUCUGGAUAUUGCUCCUUCGUAUGCUGGUAUCCUCCUGGGCAUCACAAAUACAUUUGCCACUAUUCCAGGAAUGGUUGGGCCUGUCAUUGCUAAAAGUCUGACCCCUGAUAACACUAUUAGAGAAUGGCAAACAGUUUUCUGUAUCGCUGCUGCUAUAAAUGUGUUCGGUGCCAUUUUCUUCUCGCUAUUCGCCAAAGGUGAAGUGCAAAACUGGGCUCUCGAUGAUCGACAUGGACACAGAAACUGAAGGAACCAAUAAAUAAUCCUGUCUCUAUUAACGUAUUUUUGUUUAUCACGUAACCUAAAAGUGCCUUUGAUAUUUUAAAUGUGUAUGCAUUCUACAUAUAAGAAAAAAAUUGGAUGAAAUUUUUAAGGCUUGUAAUCAUGAAAUGUCACAAGUUGCCAGAUUAGUAAAAUUAGCUAUUUUUAAUCAUUAAUAACAUGUAUCCUGAAACGUAGACUUGAGGGUCACAUAUCCGGCUGUAAAUCAGGCAAUAUAAAGUAGGGGAGUUCUAUUUAUUUUUAAGGGGCAUCCUUGAAGGAAUGAGCGGAAGUGGACCCUUCUAUCCCUUUGCUUAAUUACACUAGAUAAUAAUUCUCAGGUCUUGGUCAACACCUGUUUUUGACCACUUUGCUCAUACAAAUUAUGUCAGCCACAAUCCCUGACACUUAGGUCUCAAAUCUCCAUGGAGCUGCCAGCCAGGGUAUAAUUUGGCCUGGCAACCACAUGGAGGGAAGCAUGCCCAGGAGGCUGCCAAGCAUUCCCUCACUGGCUUCAGGGAUGGUGCCCACCAUUUAUCAGAGGCAGCAUCCAAGACCAGGGUCAGCGCCAAGUCUUCAGAUGGCGUUCUUCCCCUGGGCGCUGUUAAUGUGUCGAGAAAGCUGCAAGUAGGCCCGGGCAGCAAGAUCCACCACCGCAGUCUCGAUACAAAUCCUCACACUUUUCCCUUCCUGGCACACUGGAAUAUUGAUUGGCAUGUAACCUGCAAGAGAACGGUGUGAUGCCCAAUUAACUACAAAUAAAAUCAUCCUUGAUUAAAACUACUUUCACGUGGAUUAGAAUAUAAAUUUCCAAGUCCCUGUGUUCUCUGGGCUUCACCAGAAUAAGUAAAACAAUUUUAAAACUCUCACAUUUUUUUUCCUUUUGUCUACAUGUAAGCUUCUGGUUGCAGUUGAAAGUUGAAGUGACUUUUAUUUGGCCCCAUCAUCUACAACCAGUGGUGGAAUAAUCCUUACUUGUGGUUCCUAAAAUCAUGUUUUCCAGUUUUUCCCCAAACCAGCUUCCAGUGGCUUUUGAGCAUGCUUGGAGGGCAUUUAUGUGAUUUAGAACUUGAUUUAUGUUUUGUUAUGUUUGUUCAACACUACCUGUAACAUUUUGAGUAAAACUGAUUCAUGUAAUAUGGUGUGGAUACAUUUCUGUACAUUUCUUUUUUAAUCUGUAAAUAGCUUUAAGUUGCUAUGGUGGUGUUUCUUUUAUAAAUCAUCAAAAUAAACAUUUUUGGGUUGGUUUUGGA